GUGAAAAAAAAGAAGAAGAUCUUAAGAGGCAUUUUGAUGAAAUCGCAGAAAGACUUGACCAUAAAAUAGAUGGGGUGAGUCAUGAAAUGAAGAAAGUACAACUUCAUAGUGAGGUAAUGUGGUAUAGUACUCCAGGUACAAAUACAGAAACUGACAAGGAUAUCUUUGUAGGAUCACGAGAUACUGAAAUUAAACGCAACUCUAAUAAUAGUGACAAUAUCCGAUUCUCGUAUGAAUAUGCAUUACUUGCAAAUUUAAACUAUGAGUCCAGUACUUACCCACCAGCUAGGUGGAAGUAUCUAGUAAUGAUUAUGGAAUGUGAUUCAGAAAAACUUGGAUGGAUUGAACCAUCAUUGAAAUUCAACUCUUAUAAUGUGAAGCUUAUUCGAUCCAUCAAUACAGGCAGAACUAGCAAUGUGUAUGAGGGAAAACUUAAUGACAAGGAUUCAGUAGUUGUAAAAUUGGCGAAAGAGGAAAAAUAUUCACCUUGUUUUGAAAGAGAAAAAGAUGCGCUAAUAAAUUUUAAUUCGCUUCAUAUUCCAUCGCUUCUCCUGUAUGAUAAGAACUCCCUUAUCACAACUCCUCUAGGUACGAAAGUCAAAAAUUUGCAAAAGAGGGAUGUCAGAAAUAUCAUUGAAACCUUGAGGAUGGUACAUUCAAAAAAUAUCAUGCAUAUGGAUCUUCAGAGAUAUAACUUUAUUUGUGAUCAUGAUGAAAAAAUCAUUAUUAUUGAUUGGGGAUAUAGUGCAAUGAAAAAUGAAACUGGUAAUUUUGCUGGAGCAUUUGAGUGUAUGCCAGAUGAUAUCUUACAAUCAUUGGUCAACAGUGAACAAAUUUUAUACUCACCAAGCAUUAACCUAAUAUGCUUGGUAAGGUCAUUUUAUUUAUUGCUUCACAAACUAGCAAAUGUAGCAAUGGAGAGAAUUUCCUUUGAUGAGAUUCCUGACUUCAAAUCACGGGCAAAGAAUGUGUUGACUUUUUGA